AUGGCACCACUACAGUGGGAUGGACUUAAGGAAUAUACAAGUGAUUUCAGAAGGUGGUGGAGUAAGCUAAUGGAAGUGAAGGCCAGAAAGGAUGGAAUGGAACACAUAGUGGACAUACUUUGGCAGAUUUGGAAAGCCAGGAAUGAAACAGAAUUUGAAGAGAAAGAUAGACAUCCAAUGGAAGUAAUUAGAAAAGCAGUCAAGGAGUGGGAGGAAUAUCAAAAAUCUCAACAGACAGAACAUCAGAUGAGCAUCUCAGAAACAGAAAUAGCACAUGAACAAGAGGAAAGGGUGGGGGAAGAUGAAAACAUGCUGAACAUUUGUGAAGAUGUGGGGCAACAUGUAGAAGGUCAGAACAUGGGAAUUGGAAUCACAACAGAAAAUAAUAUGAGCCAGAUAUGUGCAGCUUGGAUAUUGAAAGAGAGAAGCACUGGAUUAGUUGUGCUGGAUAAUCUUCUAGCUAUACAAUUGGCACUAUGUAAGAUAAAGGAACAAGGCUGGCAGUCCAUCAAGAUCCAAACACCAUGCUCUCAGGUCCUAAAAUUGAUCAGGAAUCAAGCCUCAAGAGAUAUACGUUUAGCAGCUCACCUAGAGGACAUAAAAGACCUCAGCUCAAUGUUUAGGACAUGCUCAUUUGAUAGUUUGCCUGGUGAAUUUAAUAGGCUCAGUGUAAGACUGAGUAAAUUAGCAACGCACAUACAUUUUGAUGAGGAAUUCCUAGAUCCUCAGUGUCUCAAUACACUUUUGUAA